AUGGAUACUGAUAUUCUGGUUGUAGAUAAAGAAACUCCAUUUGCCGAAGUGCUUGAAAAUGUUAUUUCUGAUAAUAUACUUCAAGAAGAAGACGAAGAAGAAGAUUUUGAUGAAAAUGUAGAGUUGUCUCCGGGUGGGGUUUUAGAUGAAGAAACCAUCGGUCGUGGUUUAUCUAAUUUGGGUCGGACUGCAGAUGGAAUGCACCAAGUUUAUCUUCACUUGACAGUACCAGGCUUCAAUUUGAUUGACAUCAGCAUCCUGCAAGAGUAUGUCCAUUUACAAAAAGUGGAGUUUCCUCAUAAUGAGUUGACUGAUCUGUCAGUUUUGAGUAAUCUACCACAUCUUCUCAUCCUAGAUGCAUCACACAAUAAACUGACGACCAUCUUGGAUUUUACACCACCAAAAAACCUUCAAAUAGUUGACUUGUCGUAUAAUGAAAUUGAAGUCAUAACAGAUUUGUCUGCUCAUCAUUCCUUGAAGAAACUCAACUUAAGUUACAACAAAAUCUCAGAAAUUAAUGGUCUCUCUGGCUGUAAACGCUUGGAGGAUUUAAAUUUGGCACACAAUCGAAUCAAAUGCAUGAAAAAUUUAGAUGGAUUACCAAUUCAAGUACUAAAUUUAGGACACAAUGAGUUGAACAUGAUCGAGAACCUGGAUAGUUUAGAUCGUUUAAGAAGUUUGGAUUUAUCUGGGAACAAAGUAAGAAGUUUGGCUGGCGUAGAAGGACAUGAUUUAUUAGAAUUUCUUAAUUUGGAGGAUAAUGAAGUCAUAGAUUUAGCUGAAAUCAAGUACCUCAAAGAUUUAAGAAUGUUCAGAAGUAUUGAUCUACAUAGAAAUCCCAUUCAAGAGUUACCAGAGUACAGAUUGUGUAUUUUGUUUCGCUUACAAUCUUUAACAGAAUUAGAUAAGCAUAAAGUUGAUGCUGAAGAAAAGGUAGCAGCCAGAAAUAUGUUUGAUCCACCAGCUGAAGUUGUUGCUGCUAGAGAUCACAUCAUGCAUGUGGUUUACUCUUUCCUUCAACCAGCACAGAUUCAUGACAGUACCCUACCAUCAUCAGAUACACCAUAUCCAAUGUUAGUUUUAGUGGGUCCACAAGGUUCUGGAAAGAAAGAUUUAGGAUUGAAGUUGGUGGAAGAGUUCUCAGAUUUCUUUGGUUUUGGUGUGUCACAUACAACAAGGAGUCCUUACACUGGAGAAGAGAAUGGAUUUGAUUACCACUUUGUAUCUUUAGAAAAGUUUGAAGAUGACAUCAAAAUGGGUAAAUUUCUUCAAACCUGUCAACAUCAUGGUUCAUGGUACGGCUUACAAAUGGAUUCCAUACAAAGCGUUGCCAAAGAUGGCCUGGCUUGUGUGGUUCACAUGGAAUUGGAAGGCGUCCUCACUUUGAAAAAUACCCAUUUUGAACCUCGAUAUGUUCUGAUAAUGCCACUGGACAAAGAAAGUCAUGAGAGACGUUUACGUGAUCGUGGUAUUUUUACUGAUGAAGAAAUUCUAGAAAUUGUGAAAACAGCCGAGACAUACAGUAGUUAUAAUCAAGAUCAUCCUGGAUUCUUUGACAUGAUGGUUAACUCUAAUGAUAUACAAGAAGCUUAUAUUCAGCUUCGAAAGUUGGUUAUGGAUUACUUAGGUAUU